CGCCCUAGGAUUUCUGCAUCAGAUCCACUUCUUUGCCGGUGGCAUUUUUCCUCUGACGCUUUAGAAUAGUUGCGAAGCUAGUCCGCCACGUUUAUAGAUUGCGAUAGGUUACCAGAGUUUGAUGGGCGAAAAUUCAGAGAACGAUUUAAACUCAGCGAACCAGCGAGGAAGUAUAGGAGAGGAGGAGCUGGCCCAACGGAAGAAAAAAAGCAGGGGAUGCGAGGAUGAGUUGAAGGGGACGUUCAGGCCGAGCAUAGGAAAUAGUCGGUGCGCUGUAAAUAUAGGUAGAAGAUAUGCAAGAGUUAAUUUAGAUAAAAAUACGCCUUUAACGCCUAAGGCGUCUGGGCCGUGUUUUACGCCCAAUACGCAUUUAACGCCUAAGACGUCUCGGCCGUGUUUUACGCCCCUUUCUUACGAGAAGAAGAGUGGAUGCAAGUCUUGCCCGAGGCCGAGGGCGUUGAACAUGGGGUAUUCCAUUUCGCACGCGAAUAUAGAGAGCCCGAUGGUAGCAGGAAAGGUGGGUGUGGCUAGGCGUGGCGCAGCGGAGCGUGAGAAGGAGGUGGAGUUGCGAUGCGAUUUUAAUUUUACGUGCGACAGAGGUGGUCGGGAGGGAGAUGGGAAGGGUGACGUGGGUGAUUGCAAGGAGAGCAGACGCCAGAGUUACAUUCCGUCUAAGGUGAAGGUGAGUCGUGAAGAAGAUGGUUUGAAUAGGGAGAGCGAGAAGGUGGAAUUGGAAGGAGAGGGGCAGAAGCAGCCGGUGAUGAAAAGGUUGUCGUUUCGAAAGUAUGCGAAUACGUUAUGUGAAGAGAGUUUUGGCAAGUUGACGUUUCAGAGUUUAUUUAGUUCGUCGAAAACGUAUAUUGUGCCGGAAUCGCUUGACUCGGAGGUGCCAUUGAGAAUGGACGAGAUUGCGGCGUGGGUCAUUUUCGGCCAGGAAGAUCCGGCGGUUACAAAGGCGUUUAUUUUUGCCUUUCCGCACUUUAAGUUUACGCCGAAGAGGUUGUUUGAGGUGAUAAAGGGUUUGUACAAAUGUCCUCCGGACAUUUACUUGAACAUGGCUUGCAAGCUUCCGGAGGCGCAGCAGCGAGUUGUGGAGUUUUUGGUGAAUUGGGUGACGCUGUGCUCGAGGACGGAUUUCGACGUCACGUCCAGUCGCAGCAAGGGCGAUGAAGAGUACAAGGUUUCGUCGAAGCACUACGUGGAGUUUUUGACGUUGGUCAGGGACAGGGCGCGCGGCUCGGUGCAAAAGCAGCCGCCCGUGCAGGAGACGACAUUUGGAGCGUAUGGAGGUAGUUCCAAGAAGAUGAGGUUAGACAGAGGGGUGCAGGAGGAGGGCGGUCGUCUCAGAUCGGGAUCGGUGAUGAAGGCGGAGGUGGGGCAGCUCGAGCUGAUCGCGUCUCAGCUGAGCGCGUACGAAUUCGAGGUGUUUAAGGCGAUUGCGCUGACGGAGUUGAUUGACCAGAGUUGGAACGACGCGGAUUCGGGCAAGGUGAGGGCGCCGACGGUGACCAAGUUCAUCGAGCACACCAACAGAAUUAGCUCACUGGUGACCGCGGAGGUGACGAAGGGCAAGACGGCCAGGCUCCAGGUCGAGCAGAUAAAAAAGUACAUUCACUUAGGGAAGUACAUGCAGGUACUUGGAAACUUUAACGGCGUCAUGGAGGUGUUAGCUGGGUUGAUUUCGGGAGAGGUCCAAAAGUUGAGCAGUGCAUGGAAGUUGCUCAAGUCCAAGCACGAGACGUCGAUGAAAAAGUUAGAAGAGUUGAUGGCGCCUCACCGAAACUAUGGCAGUUACAGAGCGAAGGUUGGAAGGGUCAAGAUGAUUUAUCCAGUUAUACCAUGUCUGCAGAUCCACCUAUCCGACGUUGCCAGGCUGAUGAAUGGCACGGAGAAUGUGGGAGAUAAGCUCAUUCUUAGCAAGGUGAUCAACCUUGGGAAAAUUUUGGUUCAGCUGCAGACUUGGCAAAGUCAACCAAAUAAGUACCGAUAUCGUGUAGACAUUGAGCAGCUGCUGAAGAAGCUGGUCGAAUGCGACCGCGAGCGGGGUGCAUCGGGUAAGAACUAAAUCUCCAAGGCAAUCGACUACAGUAGACCACGAGGGAUGUAAAAGCGCGCGAACAUGCAUGUUGUGCUGUAUAUGUAUAUUAUAUAUAUACGC